CUUUUUAGGCCAUACAUGUGGAAGACUGCUAAACGUUGCUAAGAUAAGACAGUAAUAGGCUAGACAGAAGAGCGAGCCAAGUGCUGGACUGCAGACUGCAGGAUGAGGAAUCAGUGUAAUCUGGGAGGAGCAGUACCGCAGUGAGACACAGAAAGAGAAAACAGGGGACGGCAGAUGCACAUAUACAGCAGAGUAGUUUGACAGACGAUUUCACAAGGCUUUCUGCACUGAAACAAAGGAAGCACUGCAUACAAGAGGACGAGGCCUCCCCUACAACAGCUGCAACAGACACUCCCCGGGACUCUUUGCUUGUUUUGCAGGUCAGAAUGUUGGAAGAACUGAGCAGCCAGUACGAUUCUUUCCUUUUCUGGAGGCAGCCCAUACCUGAGGUGGACCUAUCAGAGCUUGAGGAGCUAGGCUUAGGGAAAACAAAUCAUCAGUCUGCAUCAAGCUGCAAAUGUCCUGGAGGGAAGCAAAACUGUUGUGAUGACCUAGAUGAAGAUGAAAGACUCUCCGAAUACAAUGAGUUCAACUACUGGAGAAUGCCUGUUGCAGAUAUUGACUCUUUUGACUUUAGCCUCCUAUAACCAUAUUCCUACCCUACUACUCAUAGCUCAAUAAUGGAGCACGGUUUUGAAAUGUGUAGCUGUUUUGAUUUUUUGCCAUCCUUAAAUAAUGUUAGCAAUCAAAAUAAUGCAUUACUGUUACAUCAUCUGACUACUUUUUGCAUGGAAACAAAGUUCAGUUACUAUUCCCUUUAACAUUAUUGUUCUUUUAUAAGCAAAUGGCUAUAAAAUGCCAAAGAAACUCUUACAACUUUUUAGUCUGGGCACAUUUCUACCCACAUGUUAUACAAAUUGCAGUUUAACUUCUUUUCAUAACAACAUGUAACUGGUCUAUGAUGCUGACUUUAUUCAGCUGCUUAAACUUAACAGGCAUAUAUGCCAGACUAUAAAUAUGUAGUACUUGUAAAUGACAGAAUGAGGACAGAAGCAAACAGGUUUGUACCUUCAGGAGUAAAUAGUCAAAUGAGAUGUGUGCAUAACAAUAGUUCUAUUUUCAUGCUGAUACUAACAAGCUAAUGGGAACAGAAAACCAAGCUGCAAAAUGUUUGCCUGUAUGUGAAAUAUAAAGUAUUGUUGACAGUU